GAGACGGCGAAAAUGGCACAUCAUGAAAAUAGGGAAGGACCAAAAUUGGAUGACAAAACCACUGAAAUAACUGAUGACAGCAAAGAAAUUAAAGACCCUGAAAAUGUAGAUACUGCAGUUGAAGUGAAAGAACCACCCCCUCCAGACGUUGCUGAACUCUGCCGUGAUGCAUUUGAGAAAACUGUGGAUUACCUGAAAGGAGAUUUAGCAGCCACAGCAGAAGAUUACAAAUUAUUGGAACAGAUGAAUCGUAUAACAAUUGGCAAAUACACAGAGAUGAAGCAGAUAGCUAGUAAUGUCAGUCAUUCCAUGAACGAUAUCAAUGAGAAAUAUCGGAGCUUACAACCAUAUCUUGAUCAAAUCGACCAGGUUGAGGAAAGCGUUGCCAGUUUAGAACAAGCUGCUUACAGACUUGAUGCCUAUUCAAAGCGACUAGAGACCAAAUUCAAGCAGCUGGAGAAAAGAUAAUACUGUGUUGAUGUGGCGACAGUCGAAUUACAAAUCAUGGUGCUGCAUAACAGUGGGGGCGAUGCUGGCUUAAGACAGAAGAGUGCGCAUAUUGAACAGUUGAUUGUGACCCAGUGUGGUCUCAGAUACAGAUACUUGUGUAAAAAUCCAUUGAAAAAUGUUUAGCUUCAUGCACAUGUCCCAAGUCGAUUUCGUACUGAAAAGCCCAGACUAAUUGUAUUGAACUACGAGCACAGUGCUGCCACCAGUGGCUAUGAUAUCCCUCAUUUGUAAAUAUUGUAUAAUUAUUCCUGAUCUUGAAUUUUUAAUUCAGGCUUGUUAACUUUAGAUGUAGUGUCUUCUGCUGUGCAUUUAAUAUACUGUAUGCAUGUAGAGUUUGUUCCUGUGCAAAAUAUAUAUCAAAUUUUGGUGCUCUGAUGCAGUCACAGUCACCCUAUUUCAGAUGAACUGAAGUUUCUCGCCCAAAAUCUGCUUAACUGAUAAUAUUCAGGAAUCUUCGGAAACAAAAUAUGCCAAUCAAUUCUAACUGGCAAAUGAAAAGACAAUGCCACGAAGAUCACCAAAAGAUUCCCCAGUUAACCAGUUAUUCCAGUUAACUUCAUAUCAAUUUCAGUUGAAAUGAAAUUAUUUUAAGUCACACUUAUUUUAGGUUCUCAUCAGAGCAUCGGAGCAUCUCUUCUGUGGAGUACAGUUGAACAAAUUGUCUUUACUCGCUAGAAAUGUGCAAUGUAUGUCCAAAGAAUAUAUUGAGAUCAAAUUCUGAUUGACAAUUAAAUUUUAA